AUGUCGCAAACACCGCGGAGAAUCCAGCGCAUAUCCAAGACCUGUGACUUCUGCAAUCGCUGCAGUAAUAAAUGCGACGAGUACGACGACCCGCUUGCCCGCUGUCAGAGCUGCGCGGAUUUCGACGUGCCAUGUACAUUUGAUAGCCCGACGAAACUUCGUGACCCCAAUCACGGCAGCUUGGCUGAUGAUCAACUUUCGAGUACUUCUAUGGCAGACAAUUCUACGACUAGGGGGAUAAUCUCUGGCUCAUCUGAUUCUAUGGCCACAAACGCUCCUAUAUUGACCCUGCAGCCACCGGUUUCCGAUGAUCCUUGGUCUACUAUUCAUUCUAGUUGGCCAGUGGAUAACAAUGAUAAGGGAACCGUCGAGCAUAUUGGUAUACGCCACGCAUGGAAAGCGUUUGCCAUCUCCGUUGAUGGGCAGAUCCGAAAUCUCGUUCAGCUAUACUUUGAAAUCGUCUAUCCAAUAUUCCCUUUGUUUCAUCGACCGUCUUUCAUAAAGGCUGUCGAUAAUCAAGAGUAUCUCCAAAACCAAGGGCUAUUUGCCUCAAUAAUGGCUUUGUGUGCUUUGGUCUCUGGUCGAGUGCGCGACGGAGCAUUGUCCGAAGAUUCUAAACGAUGGCACCGCGAAGAGCUUAUAGAACCGCCUUCAGAAGUUUACUAUGCAGCGGCAGUGAAUUCCAUACCUGACCAACAGGUCGCUGCCGAGGAUAUAGAUUAUAUGCGCGCAUGUGCCUUGCUCGCUAUCACCAGUAUCCAAAAUGGUCAGAUCAAGGAGAUGCAGAAGUUCGCUGGUAUAUAUCAUACCCGAACUUCAAUGGAUGGACUUUACGAUGAAAAGUUUUGGCCAAGAGAUUUAAACGCCAUCGAAAUUGAGGAGCGCCGGAGAUUGUUCUGGUCUAUCUACACCCUAGAUAUCUAUUCCACGAUUCUGUGGGGUGGGGUUAUUCGAUAUCGUGAAGCUCAUUCCCUCGUGCGCUACCCUAGCGAAAUUGAUGACGAAUGUAUCACAUCUGACGGCUACACCGUGCCAACUGAACCGCUAGGACCAAGUUCGACUCCCGGCUUUGUUCAACAGCCCGUAACUUGGCUCCGAGGUUGGAACUUUGUCACAGAUCUUUACCGUGUUCUCGAGCACAUAAUUGACGGCAAUCGGCACCGUUUCCCUUCGGCUAAGAUGGAUCCAGUGUUUCCGCUUUUCGGUUCGAAGUUCAUGUCUGAGUUGGUUGUGAUGGAACAUGUCCUCUCUAUGUACUCCGCAUUACCGCCACAAUUCCGAGAGACGCCGCCCAUCACCGGCGAUAUAACCAAAGAUCUGUUUGGCUUCCAGUCAGCUAACAUUCACGCAACGAUGCAACUUCUUAGAAUGAUCCUAUUGUCUACAGAAGAGGCUGGAGUAGAUCGGAGAUGUGAUGUUGCCGAAGAGAUGCUCAGCGUGUUCUCGGAAGUGCCCUUGGCAUACCUAAAAGCGAUCAAUUUACCGCUGAUACAUCAUCUCGGUGGCAUCGGCUCUAUUUUGGGCUCUGUUAUGGAAGACAACUUGUCCAAUGUGUCCUACCGACGGGUCCGCACGCUAGUCCUUGCAACGGCAGAUUUCCUUGGUCGUCUAGAAACCGGCCUGCACCACGUCUCGGGUGCUAGUGAACGUCUCAGAUGCCAGGUCAACCGAAUUGACAACUUCAUACGCACUUCGCGCCAGCUGACUCUCAAUAUUGUUCCAGCGAAGCCGAGUAAUGAUACCGUCUCUUUAGGCGCAGAACCAGGAUCUGCUGUUCUAGAUACUUAUGCCCAAAAUGGAUCAGAUGCGGAAAUCAAUACUUCCUCUGCUCUCAUCGAUCAGAUGUCGUUGUUUCAACUACCCCAGGAGCUACUGAUGAAUUGGCCCUUUCCGCUGAAUAACUCGAGUUUUGAUGGGUCUCUGCCUCUGGUGUUUGACCGAUUUGAAGGUAGGCUUUAA